UAUCGUAAAGCUUCUGACGUCAUACAUAAAACUGCACGCAACCCGGUGAUAGCUUAUUUAACCGGAUGUAGAAAAGUUCCGUUUAAUAUUGGUUGGCAAGAGCGAAUACGUGCUGAGCUGCGAACGACUAAUACACAGCUUAGCUGGUAGGAUUUGGCAAUUCGACGGUGAAAGACAUCGAGAACGGAAAGAGCGGAAAGACCUGUUGGUUACGUGUGUAAUCAUUCAAGACAAGGAUAAGACUGCUUCAACGACACUAAUGGAAAUAUGAGAAGUUUGGAUGAAGAGUUUGUGACAAGACUCAAAGGUCAUUCAAGCGGUGGUUCAAAACGAAAGCAUCACACGAGGCUUAAAGAACACACGCUAAACUCAAAACAGGAUUACAAAUUGUGUAAUUCUUCACUAGUUAUGAAAUCAUUGGAAUGGAGGACUGUUUUAUUUAUUGUUUUGUGUAUUAUAAACUCUUCACAAGCACUCUACGAGAAGGAGACAUUCCCAUCAAUUAAAAGUAGGACAUUUUUUCAAUCUGGGAACAUAACUAUCGCUGGUCUCUUCCCAGUCCACGUUGGCUCAGAUUUUCGCUCAAAGUAUAUGGCCUUAGCUGAAGCCAUGGUUUUUGCCGUUAAUGAAGUGAAUAAAGACCCGAACAUUCUACCCAAUGUUUCACUGGGCUUUGAAAUUUAUGACUCCUUCUUAAAUCCUCGAUUGGGAAUGGAAACUGCGCUAGAGUUUGUCAACCGCGUGAAAUUCACGUCGAUGUACAACGAUAAGGACAAAUCUUAUUCGUGUAUGCAACAUUUGCGUAAAUAUAAGCCAAUACCGGCUGUUGUUGGGCUUGGAAACUCGGCUACCUCAAUCUUAUGCUCCAACCUGCUUCAAAUCGAGAACAUUCCACUUAUUAGCUAUGCUGCCACGAGUGAUGAACUUAGCAAAGUCAAAGCAUAUCCGACCUUCCUGAGAACGGUUCCACCUGACAGGUUCCAGUCUCAAGCAAUGGUGGACUUGGCGGAGUAUUUUAAUUGGAGUUACAUCGCAGCUAUAGCGGAGGAUAACGCAUAUGGUAGAUCCGGCAUCGAGUAUUUCCGUAAACAAUUAGACAAUCGAGGGAUUUGCCUGUCAAUAGAGGACUAUUUCCCAGUAGGGAAAAACGAAACAAUUGCAAAGAUUCAAAAGAUUGUAAAGACUUUGAAAGAGCUGCCUAAGGUAGAGGUGGUUGUUUUGUAUUGUACUAAGAAGAGAGCUGCGGCGGUAAUAGAAGAAGCAGUGAAACAAGGUCUGUCCAAGAAAACAUGGAUUGCAAGCGAGGCCUGGGGUGACACUUCCGACAUCUUGACUGACAGGUUUAUACCGGUUGUAAAGGGGUUGAUAGGGAUUGUACUACCUGACAUUACUGUCGGCAAAUACUUAAAAUACUUGACAGAAUUACCACCAAGUUAUCGUCCAACGGAUUGGUGGCAAUUGUUUUGGGAGGACGAAUUCAAGUGCCGUUUUGCCUCAAACGGACGUGAGAACUUAUGCGCCAGCGAUCUCAAGAUAACAAAGGAAAUCUACAGCCGCCGAUUGCACAGCAGUCUCUCUACUUACGUCAUCGAGGCAGUGUUUGCUAUUGCGCAUGCACUAGACGCUAUGCAUAAGUGUCGUGAGCCCCAUGGCUUGUUACCGGGAGGUCGCUGCCCUUUGACAUCCCACAUUGAAGCGUCGCAUUUACUGCUGUAUAUUAAAGCUGUUAACAUUACUCAUCCCUAUGUUCCGGAAAAACAGAUCUGUUUUGACGCAAAUGGCGACUCGGAGGGAACAUACAAUAUUGUUAACCUGCAAAAAAGUAAUGUGGACUGGGACUUCAGGAAAGUUGGAUCGUGGGUGGCUAGCCGUCAACGCCCACUGGAGAUUAACCCAUCUCUUAUCCAAUGGAGUGGAGAUAGCAAAGGGGAUAUCCCUCGAUCUGUUUGUAACGAUGCUUGUAAGCCAGGCUAUUGGCAAACCAGAAAACUAGGUUGUUGUUGGGAAUGUAUAAAGUGUUCGGAGAGUUCCAUUUCCACGAAGACUGGGUCCACUAAUUGCACCGAAUGUGCAGAGGACACCAUCCCAAACAGCGCGCACACGGAAUGCGUCAAGGUCCCUACUUUUCACAUCAGUUGGGCACACCCUAUAGGCAUCACAUUCCUGUCAAUCAGUGUCAUUGGUAUCUUGGUAACCAUUGUCAUCACUGUCAUCUUCGUCCGGUAUAACAACACACCCGUCGUAAAGGCUUCAAACCGUGAGCUGUGUUAUAUCCUGCUGUUCUGUAUCGCCAUGUGCUAUGUUGCCCCCGCAGUGUACCUAGCGGAGCCCUCCGCGCUCGUCUGCAUUCUCUGCCAGAUGUGGUUCUACCUGUUCUACACCACGUGCAUCGCCAUCCUCGUCGCCAAGACCAACCGCAUCGUCACCCUCUUCUGCGAACGCCUCCCUCGCUCCCAGCUCACCAAAGGCAUCACGGGCAGGUACCGUCACAUAUUCAUCGUCGUCAUAGCAACCCUUUGUGAGGUUAUUGUUGUUAUACUCUGGGUGGUCCUAGACCCCCCUAGACCACACCUUGAUAAGUCCACAAGGACAGAGUAUAUCAGCACGUGCAGGCCUAAUUCGCAGCUCGCGGGCCGAGUGUGCCAGUACCUGCUGAUGAGCUUACUGAUCGGUAUGUCACUCACGUGUUGUUACUUCGCGUACAAGGCCAGACAUCUUCCGGAUAAUUUUAAUGAAGGCAAAUUCAUCGCGUUCUCCAUGUACGUGUUGGUGAUCUCGUGGGUGACUUUUUAUCCCGUGGUUUUGAAUAUCCAGGAUCAAUACACUACUGUUGUACUGAGCGCAACUACAGUAAUAGCAGCGUCGGGCCUUCUCGUGUGCAUGUUUAUACCUAAAGUGUAUAUCAUUUUAUGGACACCGGAGAAGAACACUAGGCAACAUAUGCAGAGUCAGCUUACCCGGCAUGCUUUUCGACCAGACAACACUAUGUCGGCAUCACCGUUACCGCUGGGAAGACUGCAAGCGGGCUCACUGAUGGCGUAUUCAAGUGGGAGUCCUAGAGGGAGUGUGGUGACUAGACUGUGAUAAUAGCCGCUGAUAUACAUCCCGUGCCGUAUAUAACAAAUGCGUUACAUGGCUCAUAAAUUAAGUCAUGUUCAGUAUAAGUUAAGCAACGCGAUAGGAACAUAGUUUGUUAGGCCAAAUUCUGAUAAUAAACCACAAAAAUCCAUAUAAUUUGGCUGAGAUGCAGACACGUUUCGGCUAGCGGAUCGGGGAGUGUUCGCGCGCUACGAAGGACUAGCUCAGAUUACGUAACUUGACCGGGUUUUCUAAACAAACACGGAGAGCGCGUUGCAAACAAGGCACAUUUUAGCCAAAUUAGAGAAAUUUUAUAAGAACUGAGGCUAACAAACUCUGUUUCCAAAAGCGGAUCUCUGGGGAGGGUUUAGGGUAUUAAACACCUCCCCCCUUUCAGCUGCCAGAAAGCCAUAUGUAACAACAAAAAAUUACACCCUCCACCUUUGUCCCUUAGCCAGACCCCCCUUUAGCCAAAAGCUAGAUCCGCCCCUGGUUCCUACUUGGUUAAGUCGGGGGUGGUACCAGUAAAAUAUAAAACGAUAUUUUAACAAGGGGAUUUACUGAUUCUAGUUCCCAUACAUGUAUUUAGGAACGCCCAGAGCUACAAACCGUGCCAUACAUAUACUUAGAGUAUAUGUACGGUGAUAGGCAUAAUAUUGUGUGUAGCAAGCUUAACAUAAACAUUAUUCAAGUAUGUAUGCUUUCUACGGUAAAUAAAACACUUACUCUACACAAAUAA